UGAGUGGUUAAAGCCAUGGACUACUAAUCCAUUGUGCUCUGCAUGUGUGGGUCCAAAUCCCAUCCUCAUUGACACAAGUGCUGCUUUGGCUUCAGGCUGCCACUGUUAAACUUUCCCAGCUGAUGAUUUAACUCUCUCCCUACAAUGACCAUGAAUAGCUUGGAAUCCAGCUUCCAGGAACCAAACAUUUAGCACCAUCUUUACUAUUCCUCACACAGAAGCCAAUCUGUCAGUCAUUCAUCCUUUCCGCCCAAUGGAGAGCCUUCUCACAAACAUCAGCUCCACCUCCACCACAGAGUCCCUCCUGCCUCUUUUCACCCCGAACCCGACUAACUGCACCAGCUGGGACCAGAGGUGGGGGGCGUCGAACCUGCACAGGCUGGCACACCUGGAUGUGCAGCUGUAUCAAGAUUUCUACGGUGUCUGGGUCACUCUGAUGGUGUGUAACAGCCUGAUGCUGGUUGUCGGUGUGGUCCUCAACAGUCUGGCUCUGUACGUGUUCUGUGGAGCCUCCAGUCACUCCUCAGCCUCGGUGGUUUACACCAUAAACCUGGCUGUAGCUGACCUGCUGGUGGCGCUGUCGCUGCCCGCUCGCAUCGCCCUCUACCACAGUGGAGGAAGCUGCAUUGCCUGUUCCUACGUCCACACUUUCAGCUAUUUCGUCAACAUGUACUGCAGCAUCCUGUUUCUGACCAGUAUCUGUAUAGAUCGAUACCUCGCUGUCGUCCAUGCAUCCAGCACCCUCCAUCGAUGGAGAACGACAGGAGCGGCCAAGUGUGUCAGUGCCACAGUGUGGCUUGUUGCAGUUGUGGUCACCUAUUCUUUUCAGACCACAGCGUUGGAGUUCAGCUCUUCCUGCAUGCUCAUCCCUGCCCUCUUCUACCUUACCAUCCUGGAGUUCCUGCUCCCCCUGCUGGCCGUGGUCGGUUUCACUCUUCGUGUCACCUGUUUCCUCUCCUCCAGUCAUGCACCGAUGCCCCAGCAGAGCCGGGCCAGGAGGACUCGUGCCAUCAGGCUCCUGGCCACCGUCCUGGUGGUCUUCACCGUCUGCUUCACCCCCUUCCAUGUCCGGCAGGUGCUGGUCUACCUCCGGAUCAGGGUCAGAGGGGAGGGGAUAGCGCAGGGGGCGGGGCAUGUGCUCGCCUAUCACAUCACAGUGACGCUGAGCAGCCUGAACAGCUGCCUGGAUCCAGUGGUUUACUGCUUUGUGACGGACAGCUUCAAGAGGAUGUGGAGGACGAGAUGGAGGGGAGGGAGGGAGGUGGACGGGGAGGCCGGGCAGAUGAGCGGGGGAGACGGGGACAGGAUUUCGGUGAAUAAAUGCUCAGGUACGGCGCUGGCCAUAGCUCACAGCGUGGUCACACUCACCCUCACCAGUACACCACUGUCUGCAGCCAACAGAGACCAGUCUGCAUAGGAAAGUUGACACCCCCCUCCAAGACCAACAAUGGAACAGUCCAGAGAGACACCUGAAGAGAAGGACUCGCCAAGAGUGAUGGAGAAACCCUGCAAAGAUUCAGCAAAAGAACACAAAAACAGAAAUAAGCAUUGCACGACUUAACAAAGCACUAAGAAACAAUUCUCAAACCGUCCCAGCACCCAUCUAUUUAUUACUCUGUGUACUCACUAAACCCACUUUUUUCCCCUCAUCUGUGUUUGGAUAUUGUUCUGUGACUCAUGAGAUGAACCACGUGGCAACCUCAGGGGCAGAAACUUAAAAUUAGUUCUGAUAUUGUCAAUAACUGCAGUUCCUCAAAUGGCCACUUGAGGCAACUGAAAAAGUGAGUGAAUCCCCAUAGACCCCCAUGUUAAAAUGCACAACUUCACAGCUAAAAUAAACGCUUUUACAGCCUGGCAUGAAAACAGCAUUAGUCUCUACAGCUAAUAUCCACAUUCAUGACAAUUGUACAGGGGAUGCAUUUUGAUAUAAUUCGACCAUUUAAAUUGCAUUAAGCUUUAAAGUUGUGCAUAAUGAAGGGCUUGUUUGCACGGAUCACCCCGGUUCCACUUAGGAGAUGUAAGAGCCACCACACUGAGCUUUAAAACUGCUCUGAAGAAACCUAUUUUGUUGAUAUCACAGAGGAUUCCUCCAUAUUUAUACACAGAGUCAGACAACAAAGGGGUGUUUUUGCUGUGAAACUGACUGCAGGAGAAAUCCCACGAUAGAUUAAACUAUGAUGCUGAAAACAGAAAGUCUUGAAUCACGCUGAAUGGUUGUUUUCUCACAUGCAGAAGGGAUUACUAUUAAAUCAUGCACUAAGUUCACAUUUGAUGUCUCGACUCUGAGCUUGUCACUCAGUUCAGCUCAAUUUUAUUUAUAUAGCGCCAAUUACAAUUCAAAUUGUCUCAAGACCCUUUACAAAACCCUUUAAGAAAACACCAAACUCAGUAUAACAGCUAGCGAAGAUAAUAACUUUGACUAUUUUUUUAAAAAUCACUUUAGGCUUUUGAAAUUGAAAACAAAACACAACAUUUCACACUAUUCAUAUGCAGCUAACCUGUAAAUAUAUAUUUAUACAUCUGUCCAAAUGCUGUAAAUAUACAGCUUCUUCUACCACUUGCAUACUGUUGUUUGACUGGAUUCUUUUCAGGCUAAAUUUUAGAAAACUCGAUCAUUCAGAAACCAUUUAGUAGAAGCUGAUGUGAUAUUUAAAGAACAUACAGAAUGUGAAAUUCUAAGUGCAUUUAAAGGGAGCUGGUGUGAGCAUUUACAAAGAAAAAGUGGGAGAGAAGUAAUGAAAAUAAAAAUGCUUGGUUUAAAAAAUGAUGAUGAAAACUGCAAAAACAUAAUUAUUAUUGAUAGCUGAUGUGUUUUUCUUUGAGUUUACAUGUUAAAUUCUGAUGAUUUGCUGUGAUAUUUAUUGUGAUUAUAUAAGUGUGUCUUUCUGCUCUCACCCCUGUUCGUUAUAAAUAAAAUAAAUUGGAGACUUGUCAUAAUGAGAUUCACAGAUGCAGGCAUU